GGCUGAACCCUGUGACUUUUCAAGACUUCUCCAGGUCAGUUGAACAUACUGAUGGUCAAAGCGUCCUAACAGAUUCACUAUGGAGGCGGUAUAGUGAAUUUGAAUUGUUGAGAAACUACCUUUUAGUUUACUAUCCACAUAUUGUUGUGCCACCUCUACCAGAGAAAAGGGCAGAAUUUGUUUGGCAUAAACUCUCUGCUGACAACAUGGACCCGGAUUUUGUGGAAAGACGACGGAUUGGUUUAGAAAACUUUCUUUUGAGAGUUGCCUCACAUCCCAUCCUUUGUAGAGACAAAAUCUUCUAUUUGUUUUUAACACAGGAAGGUAACUGGAAGGAGACUGUGAAUGAAACUGGGUUUCAACUGAAGGCAGACUCCAGGUUAAAAGCGCUUAAUGCAACAUUCAGAGUGAAAAACCCAGACAAGAGAUUUACUGAACUAAAACACUACAGUGAUGAACUACAGUCUGUCAUCUCACAUCUUCUUCGAGUCAGAGCUAGAGUAGCAGAUCGACUCUAUGGUGUAUAUAAAGUGCAUGGGAAUUAUGGGCGAGUUUUCAGUGAGUGGAGUGCCAUAGAAAAAGAAAUGGGGGAUGGACUGCAGAGUGCUGGUCACCAUAUGGAUGUGUAUGCAUCUUCUAUUGAUGAUAUUUUAGAAGAUGAAGAACAUUAUGCAGAUCAGCUAAAGGAGUAUCUGUUUUAUGCAGAAGCACUGCGGGCUGUAUGCAGGAAACAUGAACUUAUGCAGUAUGACUUGGAGAUGGCUGCUCAGGACUUAGCAUCCAAAAAGCAGCAAUGUGAGGAACUGGCAACUGGGACUGUGAGAACAUUUUCCUUGAAGGGAAUGACUACCAAGCUCUUUGGCCAAGAAACUCCAGAGCAAAGAGAAGCCAGAAUAAAGGUGCUAGAAGAACAAAUAAAUGAAGGAGAGCAACAGCUAAAGUCUAAAAAUCUGGAAGGCCGAGAAUUUGUGAAAAAUGCUUGGGCUGAUAUUGAACGCUUCAAAGAACAAAAGAACCAUGAUUUAAAGGAAGCUCUCAUAAGUUAUGCAGUCAUGCAGAUCAGUAUGUGCAAAAAGGGAAUUCAAGUUUGGACCAAUGCUAAGGAAUGCUUUAGCAAGAUGUAAUCCUGUGAAAUGAAUUUCUCUUCAAUCAAAGUGCCCCAGAACAGAAGCACAAGUAAAUAAAAAAAAAAAUAAAGUUGCUAUCCAGUAUACACAAAAAUAUAUAUAAGUUGAGUAAAUUCAACUUGCUUUAAUUUGAUUGUAGUUGUGUUAAUAUAGCACAAAAAGGAUGUAUUUUAAUGAAUAUUAAAUAUUAUAAUUUGAGGUUUUGGGGACUGGUGCUGAUUCCAAAAUGUUAAUUUGAUAAUAUAUACCAGUAUAUUGUUUGUCAGGCUUCUGAACCAGUGACUGAAUGAAAGAUGUUAGAUAAUAUGUUUGUUUCAAUGCCAGUUGUUUCAGAUCUGUUUCUGUAGGGAAUUUUUCCCCAAGAUUGCAUUCCUGUCUUUACUUAGUAAGACCCACUAAUCUGUUAUAGGGGGUUAUUUUUUCUUGCCUUAUAGUUGAGCUGUUUGGUUUGACAAAGCUCAGCAGAAACUUAGUGUGAACUCUAAGGUUUUCUCUCACAUUCAUUGAUGCCCCCUAUAACAUUUGCAUACACUAGAAAAUGCCUUCAAUUUGUGUUUUACCAGAAUUUUGAUACUGGUCAGAAAUUUUAUACUGCCAACAAAGAAGACUCAACUUCUCAGAUAUAUAGUGGGACGCAUUGUUAUGAUCCAGGAAUUGCUAUGUAGAAAGUUUUAAUUGAAUAUGUUACAUGUAAGCACUAAAUUCUUCUCAAAUAAUUCUUAACCUCAGUGAUGAGCCUAAAUUUACUAUGCUUGGCUCUCUACACAUGGCAUUUCAGGGUACAAGAUGUAGCAUUUCAUUGUAUAAGAUACAUGUAGUGAACAUAUGUGUUAGUAUCUUCAUUAUUAACAUCCUUCUUCUCUAUUGCUUGGCUGUAAUUUUUGUAAAGAUAAAUUAUAUUGUUUGUAUGGUGUGUGUGUGUGUGUGUGU